AUGGUUCACAGAGCCGAAGAUCAGUGCCAGCUCCAGCUCGUCGAACGCGAAGAUAUCGAGGAUGAAGACGAGCUCUUCGAAGUGAUCGAUAAGCUGAUUGCUCAGGGAAUUAACGCCGGUGAUGUUAAGAAGCUUCAGGACGCCGGGAUCUACACCUGCAAUGGCUUGAUGAUGCACACUAAGAAGAACUUGACUGGAAUCAAAGGUUUAUCUGAGGCUAAAGUGGAUAAGAUCUGUGAAGCUGCUGAGAAGAUUGUGAACUUUGGAUAUAUUACUGGAAGUGAUGCCUUGACCAAGAGGAAGUCCAUAGUUAAAAUUACAACCGGAAGCCAAGCCCUUGAUGAACUAUUGGGAGGGGGGAUCGAAACUAUGGCAAUCACUGAAGCUUUUGGGGAAUUUCGGUCUGGGAAGACACAGCUGGCACAUACUCUCUGUGUGUCUACACAGCUGCCUACUAACAUGCAUGGAGGGAAUGGAAAGGUUGCUUACAUUGAUACAGAAGGAACUUUCCGACCUGAACGAAUUAUACCAAUAGCUGAAAGGUUUGGCAUGGACCCAAAUGCUGUCCUCGACAAUAUCAUUUAUGCUCGUGCUUUUACUUAUGAGCAUCAGUAUAAUCUGCUCCUUGGUCUAGCUGCAAAAAUGGCUGAAGAGCCAUUCAGACUUCUGAUUGUGGAUUCAGUGAUUGCUCUCUUUCGUGUUGAUUUUACUGGGAGAGGAGAGCUUGCAGAUCGCCAGCAAAAACUGGCACAGAUGCUUUCCCGAUUAAUCAAGAUUGCUGAGGAAUUCAAUGUUGCUGUCUACAUGACCAACCAAGUGAUAGCUGACCCCGGUGGUGGAGUGUUCAUAUCUGAUCCAAAGAAACCAGCAGGAGGACAUGUGCUUGCUCAUGCAGCUACCAUAAGGCUCAUGUUCAGGAAAGGAAAAGGUGAACAGCGUGUCUGCAAGGUGUUUGAUGCCCCAAACCUGCCUGAGGCCGAAGCAAUCAUCUAUGUUGUUAUUCUUGACAAUGUGCACAUAUUCCAGAUAACUCAAGGAGGCGUUGCUGAUGCAAAGGACUGA